AAACGCCUCUUUCUCUCUCCAAUGAUUGGUUUAAUUAAUUUAACCCAGAGAAGGUAAUCCUUACUUUGCCACCUAGAAAUCCUUCAACCUCGAAAUACGAUUAGGAUCAAAAACCUAUAUCCUCUUCUGAUUCUCUCUCUAAAAUUACAUUUUCUUGCCUUCGGAUGAGUUGAUUGGAAGUUCUUCAAGGCUCGAUCGUCAAUGGAUGCAAAACUGCUGUACCCUAAAAUCCAAUUCGACGACUACGAGCCAGAAAUUUGCUUUCAGACGGGCUCUGGAGCGGUCGAGGAACACGGGGAAGACAUUAGUGUAGCGGCAAUCUCUAACCUUGCAAACAAAGAAAUGAUAUAUCUUAAAGAUGAUGAAACUGCGGCACCUCAAGGCCCUCUGGUAAAUAAUGAUGUGCAAAAUGAUUUAGAUACUGGUCAUCAGACGCUGAGUAAAUAUUUCCAGUAUGACCCACCACUUUCUGAAGAAACUGGGGUUUGGAUACCUGUCUCUGUUCCACCAAUGUCAGAAACUGAACGUGAAGAAUGGAGUAGAGGUUUCUGCUUGAAUGGGGGUUACUUCCCUGAUGAUGACAUGGGUUGGAACCAGUUUGUUGGAGAAGAGAAGGAGAUGACUUUGUGGGAUGUGGUUCUUGAUAUGUUACUUGUGGCUCGGGGGAAAGUGAGAUCUGUUGCUUCCGGGGAUGCCCAUGGAUAUAGGAUUUCCUGGAUAUCAAAUAAUAUUCUUAAUCAAGCUUGGAAAGAGAUGGCUCAAACUCUUACAGAAGCUAAUUUUGGUAAUGUAAAAGAAAUUCUUGAAGCAGAGCCUCCAAAAUGGUUAGCUGACAGUGCUGCUUCUGCAUGCAUGCUGUGUAAUGUGCGUUUCCAUCCUAUCAUGUGCUCUAGGCACCACUGCAGGUUUUGUGGAGGGAUAUUUUGCAAUGAGUGCUCCAAGGGAAGGAGCUUGUUGCCAGCAAAGUUCCGCACAGGGGACCCACAACGAGUCUGUGAUGUUUGUUGUGUCCGGCUUGAGUCUGUCCAGUCAUACUUAAUGAACCAAGUAAGUCGUGCUGCACAGUUGCCAACCCAUGAUCUGACAGACCUCAGUACGUUGAGAUCAUGGCUUAAUUUUCCAUGGGGCCAGUCCAUGGAAUAUGAAAUUUACAAGGCUACAAACACCCUUCGGGGUUAUAAUAAGGUUGGUUCUUUGGCACCUGAAAAGUCCAUACCAGAUGCUGUUUUGAAACAAGCAAAAGGACUUGCAAUUCUUACUGUUGCAAAGGUUGGCAUGAUGGUUACGUAUAACAUUGGAACAGGACUAGUUGUUGCUCGUAGAGAUGAUGGAUCUUGGUCUCCGCCCUCUGCAAUUUCUUCCUUUGGCGUUGGCUGGGGAGCUCAGGCUGGAGGGGAACUGACAGACUUCAUAAUUGUAUUGAGAACAAAUAAUGCUGUCAAGACAUUUGGUGGAAAUAUGCAUUUCUCAGUUGGAGCAGGUUUGAGUGCAGCUGUUGGCAUUGUUGGAAGGGCUGCUGAAGCUGAUAUACGUGCUGGUGAUGGUGGUUAUGCUGCUUGCUACACUUACAGCUGCAGUAAAGGUGCAUUUGUUGGGUGCUCCCUUGAAGGGAGCAUUGUUACAACCCGCACACAAGAAAAUUCCAGAUUCUAUGGUAAUCCAUCAAUAAGUGCAUCUGAUAUUCUCCUCGGGCUAUUGCCUCGGCCUCCUGCAGCAGCUAUUCUCUAUCAUGCACUCUCAGAUUUGUACCAGAAACUUGAAAAGUGAUGGUGAAGCUUUGGGUUUUUGAAGGAUUUCGCUACUUCAUCCCAAGAAUUCUGUUGGGAUGCAGCAAUGGACCCAAAUGUACAUUCUAUGGCGAUUUCUUAUAUUUAGCAUUCUGUCUUUAUUCUUUGUACCACAUAAAGCAAUUGGUGCCACAGUGGUUGUACAGCAGAAAGAAAUCUGGGUAAAAAAAACUUCAAGUUAAUAGACAAUGAUUUGGAAAUAUUACAGCUAUGAAAUUAUUUGCUUUAAGUUAUUGUUUGAUUGAUAAAAUUGAAGUGGAGACGCUAUAUUAGAGA